UACAUGUAAAAUUUUUGGUAGAUCUGCUAAUUUUUCCUUUACAACCCCAGAUUGCAAAUUGACAAAUUAAACGGAACUAACGCCGUUAAAGGUACUCGUGAAGCUCGUGCUAACCACAAAUCCUUUCUCUUCACCACCACAAAUCCACGCAGCCAGAGCGAAAAAGGUCAGCAAUGGCUGCUCAGAACCUCACGCCAAUCAUCCUCAAGCCCGCCCAAGCUUCGUCAAUGUCCCGCUGCACCAUAUUCCACUCUCUUCCGAAAUCCACACUGCCCAGAACGAGAAUCACACCAAGAAUCAAUCAAGUCAGAUUCUUUAAACCAAUCUCAUCAGCUCUGUCAGACCCUUAUGUUCUUCAGUUAGCUGAAACUCUUGAAGAUUCACUCCCUUCUACUUCUUCCCCACCGCCACCCCUUCAGAAGCUCCGGGAUUAUUCUUCAGAAUCCCUUCUUUCAACUUCAUGGCCGUCGAGAAAGGAUGAACCUUUUAGGUUCACUGACACUUCUUUCAUUAAGAAUUCCCGGAUUCUUCCAAUUGAAUCGCCUCAGUACCAGAGUUUAACUUCUUUGGUUGAUUCUACGGAGACCCUUGUUCCGGGUCUUACCGUAGUUGAUGGUUAUUUAGUGAAUGAUUUGUCUUUGUUGACCGAAUUGCCUGAUGGGGUUUACGUUGGAGGACUUUCUAUGCUCAAUUCAGAGGCUAUUAUGAAAAGGGUUUCUGAAUACGUUUCGAGUUUUCAAGGCGAUUUGUUCUGGUCUCUUAAUGGAGUUGGUGCACCAGAGUUGAUUUUGGUGUAUGUGCCUGAAGGUUGUAAAGUUGAGAAACCAUUGCAUUUGAGGUAUGUUUCUGUCAAAGGGGAGGAAAAGGAGUCCAAGACUUUACCUGUUUCCAAUCCCAGGGUGUUAGUAUUGGUGGAGAAAGGAGGGGAGAUUGGUAUAAUUGAGGAGUAUGUUAAUGGAGAUGGGGAUCAUUGCUAUUGGACGAAUGCUGUAAUGGAUGUUGUAAUUGGCGAAGGGGCAAAGGUUAACCAUUCUUAUAUUCAAACUCAGUCGUUAGGUGCUGCUCAUACCAAGUGGACUUCAGUUAGGCAGGAAUCAAAUAGCAUCUAUAAGCUCACAGAGGUAAGCACUGGUGGGAAACUUAGUCGGCACAAUCUUCAUGUUCAGCAGUAUGGUCCAGAUACAGUGACAGAAUUUUCAACAUUUCACGUAGCUUUAGGUGACCAGACACAAGAUUUGCACAGUAAACUAAUCUUGGAUCAUCCACGUGGAUUUUCACGGCAACUUCACAAGUGUAUCGUAGCACAUUCAUCAGCGCAGGCUGUUUUUGAUGGGAACGUCCAAGUGAAUAGGUAUUCUUUGUUAGUUAAUCCUCAACUUUAAAGUCUUGCUGCUAGUUGACCACUUUCUCUCUUUGACUGUGGUAUGUAAGGGAUUAGUGGUUUUCCAUUUUAAGUUCGACAUUGUUAAUGUCCUUGAGGUUUUUAACGUUAUUAGGCUCCUGCUACUUAUGAUUUUGUUUUCGAGCCUUUAGUUGAUAAACAUAAAUGAAGCAAAUAAUGCCUGCCUAUUUGGUAGCCUACUGAUUAGCAUGGCGGCUCUAAGAGACCUUCCAUCUGCCUUCCGUGAAAUGGGAGUUAUUGGUGUGUUGGCUGUGUUGAUAAAAAUGUUUUGACGGAUCUUGUUUAGUUGACAUUUUCUCCCUCAAUGAAUUUAUGGAUCUGGGGUAACUCUUCAGUGCCAACAAUUUCUCACGAGGGCUAUAAGAACUGUAGCAUUCUGUGUGUGCUGGAGCCAUUCCUGUUAUAUAUAUAUAUAUAUAUAUAUAUAUAUAUAUAUGCUGUGUAUGAUUAUAUAAUGAAUAGUUAACCUGAUGUCCUUGUUAGCGUGGUGAUUUCAUUUGCUGAUGGGAUCUGAAGGAGUAUUAAAAAAACGUAGGUCUGUCAGAUGAAUGUGAUUAGACAAAUUUAAGCAUAUCUUAGAUACUUUCUUAUAAACUGUUGACGUAUCAAUACUGUUAUAUAUGUAAUACAUAUAUGUGUCAUGCAGAUAUGCUCAGCAAACAGAUGCAGGACAACUCACUAGGAGCCUGCUGCUGGCACCUAGGGCGACUGUCAACGUUAAGCCUAAUCUCCAGAUCAUUGCAGAUGAUGUGCAAUGCUCCCAUGGAGCUGCAAUCAGUGAUUUAGAAGAGAACCAGCUCUUCUACUUCCAGGCACGUGGUAUUGAUGCAGAAAUUGCUCGAAAAGCUCUCAUCUUCUCGUUUGCAGCAGAAGUGACGCAGCGAUUUCCUUACUCUUCUUUGAGAAAAAAAGUUGAGAAUCAUAUACAGAACCUCUUAGAUCCUAGACCAUAAGACCGGGGUUGAUGUACAUGUCAAAGUUUUGUAACAUUACCGAUUAGGCAGUCCAUUGUACAGUAAUGUGCAAGGAUCAUACGCUUCUCAGAUCAACGAAAACAAGACUAAAUCUUUGUAUCUGUUUCCUGUGAUCACAAUCAAGAGUAUUGUACAGACCAGGAUGUUCCUUUUGUAACCAUCAUCCUAUCGUCAUAAUAAUUCAAUCUGUCAAAGCCCUUUGUGAUAUUUGGCUUCCUGAACUCAAUAGGAACGCCGUUGUAAUUUGGUUUAUCUAAAGUAACACUUAAAAUUAGCUUCUGAAAUCUAAUGCGAUGUGAUCAUUUUUUGCUGCAUGUAUCUCACUCAUGCCUUUCUUGCUGCGUAUUUCUAGUGCCUUGCAGUGCCGCAGUGGAAAAGUAUCAGUUCAAUCACAGUUCACAGGUCUUCAACUUCGUAGAAUGAAGCUGUGCCUCUUACACAGUGUAUAAUUGCAGGCAUAUUUAACCUCCUAACCAUUGUUCAAGGAGGGCACCGAAUAUUAGUUCCAUUCUCUAACUUGAAGAAUGUUUUGCCCUCGUGAUUUCAAUCUGUUCAUUCCACAUAUUUGUGUAUAGAUUCUUUUAAUACCAUGUGAAAUUUUCGUACUCAGAAAAAUUUUCAAGAGACGAAUUAGAACUAUGUAUGUACAGUAUUAUGUUUUGUUCAGGCUUAAACAGGA